AAAAAGUGAAUUUCAAUUUUUAAAUUUAAAAAUUUUCCCGGCAAUGUCAUUUUUCAAUGCGCAUGCGCGCAAUCAGCUGAUUUAACGUUUACAAAUAUGUCAAACAAAGAAAUAUGGUUAAAGUUUAGGAAAAUUAAUGGGUAGUUGACAUGCAUAACGUAGAAAUAGAAGAUUUUUACCACCACGACUUCACCACAGCUUCCGAGUGGGAAGUAUUUAUCGCCCGUCUGGAAGAAAUAAUUCACGAGUGGAAACUUCCUCACUCAAAACUCGAACCAGCCUUGAAAUCUGGAGACUUUGUCAAUUUAACUUGGGAAGUCAAGUCCGAAGAAUUGAAUUUCGCAAAUUACCCCUUUUUGUUCAAGCAUUUUAAGCUCAAAACAAGUGAUUCUACUGAUAAGAUCGACUCAGAGACUUCUGACGAGGAUUCUAGCACUCAAAGUCACAUUGAUGUUCUCAAUAUCGCCAAUGACUUUGCACGUGUCGAUCAAGAUUAUCUGGAGAUAGCCCGAUAUUAUGGAAUACGUGAGUUUGUGCUUUUGACUCCAGCGAAAAAAAUUUCUAUCUCUGAUGAAACGAGGAUUAAAAUCCUUGUCAGUUCGUUGACAAUCGCAUCCACCAAUUCUAACAGUGAAGUUCCAGCUUUAGUUCAAGUACAAGAACCAUGGCAAAAAUAUUAUUUGGGUGUCAGUGUUGGCAAGGGAACAAUUACUCACCUGGAUAUGGUUCAUUUAAAAAAAACUCCACCACAUUGUCGUCAUCUUACUGGAUUAUUGGCGUUAUUUAAGCAAAAGAUAGGUGAAGGUUCUGGAGUGAGAUUAGAUCCAGUGAUGGUAUCUAUUCGGUUUACAUACUUGCUCAAAGACUGGUUAACGGAGCCGCAUUUUGAUUUCAUGAAAGGAAAACCAGUGACUAAUAACGAGCUUGGUAAGCUUCCUUUUGGAGCUGAAGUAGAUCCAGUGUCAGAACUUCAAGUUUACGCUACAUGGCCUCAAAUGUCUGAGAAUAUCGUGGUAGACAGCGAAAGUUUUACGGAUUUGGAGCCUCAAUUAGCCACGGAAUGGUCGGCGAGAGUGAAAAUGGUCGCUACACCGCCUAGCUUGCUUGAAGAGCACCUGAAAGGUUUUUUAAACCUCUGCAAUAACCAGAAAUUGCUGGUCGACAUACUGGGAGACGCGUAUGUCGACAACGACCAAAUGUUGAGCUCGGCAUUCAAUAUUGUCACGGAGUCAAAAAUUCCUACGAUAUCCAAAGUCAUGAGUCGCGCGUCUUCUAAAAAGAGUAACAAAAAUGACGGACCCAUUCCUGAUGACACUUUGAUGCUGAUUCUGUACUAUUUAUUCCCUGACGCGGACGAACAAUCGAAAGCAAUGUAUGAUGAGAUUGGGUCGAAUAUUGAUGAAGAUUUAUGGAAAGGCAUCAAAACGUGUGCCCUGGACUCUCUGGUUUGGAGACUUGCGAUUGUAACUGCUCAUUGCAGACAAAAUCUCGGAGGUAUUCAAGCCGUAGCUCAAAUUUGGCACGAGUUUGUUCAAGAAAUGCGGUAUCGAUGGGACGAGAGUAUUCUCAUUCCUGGCGUGGGAACUGGGUUUCCGGACUCUGUACGAACGUGUUUGCUACACCAGAAAUUGCAGAUGAUUAACUGCUGCAUCGAGCGAAAAAAGCGCCGCAACGAGUUCGACUUAAAGCCGCUAAAUAUUGUCGACCAUUUUGACUCCGCAGAAGAAGAAUCAGAGGAAGAAUUUUUCGAGUGCGAAGAAGAAGCUUCGGUCCAAGAAGUGCAAGUUCACCGAAAAACUAAGCACUUACUGUGGAACAAACCAACAGGUCGCCUGUCGAAGCAUCCGUCUUUGAAGUUGCUGAAAACUGGGGACGCUUUGUAUUUGCCGGUGACCCAGGACCCGGUCCCCAAGACCGAGGACCAGCUGGAGGAGGACGCGCAGCUGAUGAUGCAGCUAGGAACUGACAAACAAGGCUCUGAAAUGCGUGCCAGGCUGAUGAGCGCUUCACUUUUGUCGGACAUGGAGUCCUUCAAGGCAGCUAAUCCCGGAUCGGAACUCGAAGAUUUCAUACGCUGGUACUCGCCGAGAGACUGGAUCGAGGAGGAAGGUACCGAUCAAUGGGGACAGAUUAAUGGACAUUUAUCGCCGCGAAUGAAGAUUCCGAAUAACCCGUGGGCGACCACCUGGAACUCGGCCCAACCUGUACCAGCUCAUCGCCAAAAGCGACUUUUUGAUGACACCAAGGAAGCUGAGAAGACUAUCCAGUUUUUAGCGUGCAGGCGCAUUGGGGAAAUUUGCCAACUCCUGAUGCCUGUGCUAGCUCAUGCGGCUCUACAAGCACUUGCUCAACAUAAGCAACAGGCAAUUGCUAAAUUACCGGACAUAAUUAACGGAAUUACUACAAAGUUACAACGCGCCACCAAGUCUUUUCAUCUACAGACUCAUAUUUAUGAUGACAUCAUCGAUGAAAUAUCUACAAUAAAGGCCCUUUUGACGCAGUACAAUUCACUGAACAAUAAAUUCCCGGGAGAAAAUGAAGAAACAACAGCUUUCAUUAUAAAUCUAAUGGAAGGAAAAGAAGUUUCAAUUUCUGGUGGCGCGCGAAGUCUUCCAGGAUUGAGAAUAACAGAAAUGUUUCGUAAUAGCCAAAAAGCUACUUAUAUGGUGGACAUUCCAAGCAGCGGUUCCGGUAGGACUGGAGCUGGAAAUGAAAAGCAAAAGACGUUCCCCGAGCCCUCGUCCAAGGAAUUUAUCCUUCGAGGAGUGACACCCCGGCCUUCUCCGACCUCAGCACCGCAACCUCAGCGGCUGUAUGUCAAUCUUAAGAGAGAAUCCAUCAGACUCGCGGGAUUUUUCUCUGAAGAUACAACCUUUUUAUAAAUAGUUAUUAGUCAUUAUUGAUGGGCAUAAGUGUUGGAUAUCACGAUGUCCAAAUGCACGGAAAAAAAGAGAUUUAACUGGUUUCCAUGUUGGACGGAACCUAGUUCCAUCUAUAGUGAAAAAAAUUUACAAAUGGUUACUACUUCAAUGUAGACUGUAGUAGGUACAGUUUUCGUUUAUUUCAGUUCAAUCCGAGAUGGGGCUCAGAGCCAUCUGAGAUUUAUUUGUCUCAGAUGGUUGUCAGUACCACGCGCAUGCUCAUCAGUCCCAUCUUACAUAGAAGUGGCUUCCAUUUGGAAUUUAACUAGAAUCUAUCUGCAGAUAGUACCUAUUUUUACAUUAUCAUUUUCA